CUUCAUGGGAGCGAUGCUGUGCUUGCAGCCGGCUCUUUGGAACAGUGCAAUCUCUUUUCCCGAUGUCUCUGAGGCCAGCAUGGUGCUGGAGGGGCUUAAGACCAAGCUGCUGUGCUGGGGCAGACAGCUCUGCCCCUCACUGCUGCUGCUGCUGUAUGUGGGGUGGCCUGCAUGUCUUACACCCUCCCUCUGUUAUAGGCUGGUCUUUGGGAUGCUGUACCCCGCCUACGCUUCCUACAAGGCUGUGAAGACCAAAAAUAUACGGGAAUACGUCCGCUGGAUGAUGUACUGGAUCGUCUUUGCUCUCUUCAUGGCUACAGAGACCUUCACUGACCUGCUCAUCUCCUGGUUUCCCUUCUACUAUGAGAUUAAGAUGGCCUUUGUUAUCUGGCUGCUCUCUCCCUACACUCGGGGGGCCAGCCUGCUCUACCGCAAAUUUGUGCACCCCACCCUGUCCCACAAGGAGAAGGAGAUUGACAUGUACAUCAUCCAGGCCAAGGAGCGUGGCUAUGAGACAAUGGUGCGCUUUGGCAAGAGGGGCCUCAACAUGGCAGCCACGGCUGCAGUCCAGGCAGCUGCCAAGAGCCAGGGUGCUCUGGCUGGGCGACUCCGCAGCUUCAGCAUGCAGGACCUGCGCUCCAUCCCUGACGAGACCCCUGUGCAUUACCGGGACCCCUUAUACCUGGAGGAGCAGGGGAGCCACAGGCAGCUGCUGGCCUACAGCGUGCCUUCGGCCAGCCAGCAGUAUGAGAGUGAGACAGAGGAUGAGGAGCUCUGGUCGGACUCACAGAUCUCUCCCAAACCUUCGCCUCGCAGCCGAGACCCCAAGUCACUCUCACGCAGCCAGAGCCUGCGAGCAGCAAAGAAGACGACACUGGGCAAAGAGGGCUCUUCCCAUCUCUUGCGCAGCCGGAUCCGGAAGAAAGUGGCUCUGCCGGAGCAGGACAGCUAACAGCACUGGGGAAACCUUCUGCCAGGAGUCUUAACACAAGUUUUGCUGCUGCACAGCUGGUGGGGAGCCGUUAUUUGUGCAACCCCAGUCCUGGGGAGGCAGCUCCCUCCUCCAUUUCACUGUAAAUAUCUUUUCUGACCUCUAUGCCUGCCUGACUGCACUCUGCACCUCUGGCUGCCCUGGAGGGGAGGGCAGCUUGACUCCCACGCUGCUCCCAGCUGUUAGUGCUUCCAUUCCAGACCCUGCUGCCGUGAGUUGGUGCAGGCGCCUCUCCAAUGGGGUCCCCUCAUCUCUUCCCACCCACCUACUUUUUUCUGCUGUCAGGAUGCCUUACUCUCUACACCCUCGCUGCUCUGGGAGCCAGAAAGGGGUCACAGUUUGUCCCUUUGGUCUUCUGAAGCCAAAGACACAGUCUGUGGGCAGGUUACAGGUCCCCAGCUGCAGACUGACACCCUGCUAUUUGAAACUGGGUUGCGGUGCCUGACUGUGACCUGCCUGGCACCAUGCAGCUUUUAAUCUUCACCCCUCCCAGACACGGGGUUUUGUACAGGGGAAAAAUAAAUGUUCUUUCAGUUUUUUUGAA